CACUGCGGGACUAGCUUCUUGAAAAUGUGAAAAAAUGUCCAAGAAACAUUAUCUUUAAAAUUUGACAAUUACAGUUCUCGUCGGAGAUAGAUGAUCAUUAUUUGAUCGUGAAAUAUUUUCGGAAUAUGUUUUCAUCAAUUAGGACUGUCCUUCAUAGUGCAAAAUGCACUGUUAAAGCUGCAAGUCCAUUCUUCAAUGAUGGUAGGAGUGCCUAUUGGCGUGUCGUCAGCACAGCAAAUUUACAGCACUUUGAUCCCCCAGAGGAGUUUGAUGAUGUUACCUUUCCUGAGCGUCGUAAAUUAAAAUUGAUGCUAAAGGUUCCACUUUUUAUUGGGAAUGAACGACCAAGAAGACAAUUCAAGCGCAUCAUUGACAUAAGAGGCCCUGAAGAGGUGCACACUAAACUAACGCAUGGAAAAUAUGGAAUAGUGGCCCAAGGGGGAGGAUACUUACGUCAUGGCCAUAUAGAGAUGAUACGCUUGGGAAUCAACAAAAGAAUGGAUGAAAAACGUAUGUUUGCGCUAUGGCGAAUUGAUCCAGUAUGGAAACCCGUCACCAAGAAAGGAACAGGACAUCGUAUGGGUGGCGGCAAAGGAAAUAUCGACUACUAUGUCAGCCCUAUAAGACAUGGACGUGUUAUUGUAGAAGUUGGUGGAAAAUGUGAGUUCUCGGAGGUUGAGUACAUGCUAAAAACAGUGGCCCAUCAACUACCUUUUGAGGCCAAGGUAGUGAGUAAGGAAAGUUUGGAAGAGGACAUUAAAUGUGAAGAGGAUAUUAAGAAGAAUAAUAUUAAUCCAUUUACUUUCGAGUACAUUGCGGAGAACAAUAUUUUAGGAUGUCAUAAAUGGCUAGGAAGAUAUGAUAGAAUAUUUAAAGGAAAAUAUAGAUGAACGAUAUAUAAUGUUAAAUGAUUAAAGUGGUACUCAAGAAACUGUGAAAUACGUACAUGUAUAUUCGACUGAGUUACAGCAAUAAAUCUAAUGUAACAUAUAAAACAUGAUAGAAACCUUGUUGACUCGAAAUUCAUGAAUUUGAUAUUAAGGCCAGAUUUUUGAUUAAUGAUGAUGUUCUCAUCUUUUGAAUUUAUGAUGAUCGUUAUGAAAACAAUUUUGUUCAAACAAGCAAAUUAUAAGAAAUUUUUGCAGGGUGGAUUCUUUCACUGGUUUCAUUUUGUAUCACCAGUUGUGGCGAAAUAAAAAAGUUUUGUGAAAAAAU